AUGUCUGUAAAUGAAGAGCUAGAGAGCAGGUUUUCAGCAACCACCACGAUGGCCAUGGAGGCAAGUGAAGGGAGCCCAUUCAGAAUCAGCCCCAACAUUUCCUACAAUGCCACCUGGGACAGUGCUCCAGCUGCCAGUUCAAUGGAGGACAUGAUAGCCACUUGCACCAUCGGGACUAUCCUCUCCAUUAUGUGCGUGAUCGGUGUGACGGGCAAUGUCUACACCCUGGUGGUGAUGUGCCAUUACCUGAGAUACUCUGCCUCUAUGUACAUUUACAUCAUUAACCUUGCCUUGGCAGAUCUGCUCUACCUGCUCACCAUCCCUUUCAUCGUUGGGACAUACUUCAUCCAGGAAUGGUACUUUGGAGACGUCGGCUGCCGCAUCUUGUUCAGUCUGGAUUUCCUUACCAUGCACGCCAGCAUCUUCACCCUGACGGUCAUGAGCACAGAGCGUUACUUCGCGGUGCUGAAGCCCCUGGACACGGUGAAGAGGUCCAAAAGCUACCGGAAAGCCAUUGCCAUCGUCAUCUGGGUGGUGUCUCUGCUGCUCACACUCCCAAUGCUCAUCAUGAUCCAGCUGGUGCAAAGAGACAGCAAAAGCAUCUGCCUGCCCACCUGGAGCAAGCUGUCCUACAGAAUCUAUCUGACCAUCCUCUUCUGUACCAGCAUUGUGGGCCCAGGGGUGAUCAUUGGAUACCUUUACAUUAGACUAGCCAGGACCUACUGGGUGUCCCAAACAGCCUCUUUCAAACAGACCAAGCGGCUGCCUAACCAAAAAGUGCUGUAUCUAAUUUUCACGAUAGUGCUGGUCUUCUGGGCUUGCUUCUUGCCCUUCUGGAUCUGGCAGCUUCUCUUCCAAUAUUAUGAAUCCUUCCCGUUGUCCCCCAAGGCCAUGAGGAACAUUAACUAUCUGACAACCUGCCUGACCUACAGCAACAGCUGCAUCAACCCCUUCCUCUACACCCUGCUGACCAAAAACUACAAGGAAUACUUGAGGAACAGGCAACGCUCUUUCAAUAGCAGCAGCGGGUACUUCCAGAGGAGGAAUCGAUUUCAGAGGAUUUCUGGGAGAUCCCUUUCCACAAGCAGUCAGCAUUGCACAGAGACUUACGUGCUCACUCAUGUUCCUGUGGGAAACAACAGUGCCUGA